UAAAAAGGCGUCUGUAUUGCGGCUGUACUACAGUGGGUUGGUUCACUACCUUCUUGUCUGACCUCAAGAUGUUGCUGAAGUGGUGUCUGGGUCUGUUCUGCUUCCUCACUGGAGCAUCAUAUGCGGCCGAGGUCUGUUUUGACGAGCUCGGCUGUUUUACCGACUUGCCUCCCUGGGGGGGCACUGCCCAGAGACCAACCUCUGCCCUUCCCUGGAAGCCCGAGGAGAUCGGCACCCGCUUCCUCCUCUUCACCCAGAAGAACCGCUACUACCAGGAGAUCAAGGCUGACAAAAACAUCCAUAUCUCAAACUACAACGGAGCUAGACGAACUCGAUUCAUCAUUCCUGGCUAUUUGGAAAAAGGAGAGGAGGACUGGCCACAGGAGAUGUGUAAAGCGAUGGUGAAGUGGGAGAGUGUGAACUGCAUCGCUGUGGAGUGGACGAAAGGUGUGAAGACUCGGUAUGCCCAGGCUGCUAAUAACGCCAGGGUGGUGGCUGCCCAGGUGGCAUCCAUGAUCACAUUCCUCAUGGCCAACUACAAUCAGAAGGCUGACAAGUUCCAUAUUAUCGGACACAGCAUCGGAGCUCACGCUGCAGGAGACGCUGGCAGCAGGACAGCUGGCCUUGCACGCAUCACAGGACUGGACCCGGCUGAACCGUACUUCCAGGACAGCGAUGCCUCCGUGCGCCUGGACACCAGUGACGCUGCCUUUGUGGAUGUCAUUCACACCGAUGGACUUCCUUUCAACUCCAAACUUGGUCUGGGGAUGUCACAGCCCGUGGGCCACAUUGACUUUUAUCCCAAUGGAGGAGAACUGAUGCCUGGCUGCAAGGCCAACAAGGGCAGACCCACUGAUCUGGAUGCUAUCUGGGAAGGUACCAAGAAGUUUGACGGCUGCAACCACGCCCGAGCCCACCAGUACUACAGCGAGAGCAUGGCGAAACCUCAGGGCUUUCUGGGAUUCCCCUGCUCCGACAAGGACAGUUUUGCCGCUGGAAAGUGUUUCCCAUGUGAAAACGGCCAGUGUCCUCUGAUGGGCCACGAUGCUGACAGGUUCACUGUGACUGAUGGUGUUUCGAAGACAAAGUACUUCCUCAACACAGGAAGUUCAACGCCCUUCAGCCGUUACAGCUACAGAGUGACAGUCAGCCUAGAUGGUCCCAGUUGGCCGAACCCAGGCUUCAUGUAUGUGGCGCUCACCGGACGCAAGGACACCACCAACGAGUUCCAGCUCCAUGUAGGUAUACUAAAGCCUGGACGGACCUACCAGCUGCUGCUGGAUGCCGAGGUGGACGUGGGCGACGUGACCGAGGUGAAGUUUCGGUGGAAAAACCACAUCUUCAACCCCUUGAAGCCCAAGUACGGAGCGUCUAAAGUGGAGCUGCACAGAGGACGAGACAAUAAGAUAUAGUGUAAAGCAGAUACUUGUACAUGAUGCAAGGCGGCAAGAGCGCUGCCCUCAGAUCACAUGGACCGUAACACUCGACCUCAGACGGAUCAACAUCGGCUGCCUCGCGUGCCGAGGAACAGAAAGCUACUGCCAGCGGAACAUGUCUUCAUUUCAUUUUUUUAAAUUUUUUUUUAUCAUAGCUUUAAGUAUAAAGCUGCUACAUAACAGUGUCCUGUGCAUCAUUUGUAAUACUCAAGGCGGCAUUAAAUACAUCAAUGUCAUUGUCUAACCGAGACAAAACAA